UUAGCCCAAAGCAGUACUGACCUUCAGGAACUCACUCUUGGUCUGCGGUGGAAUUGCAUAAGUGACACCUUGGGGUACAAUUUACGUUCUGUGGAAACUGUUGAGCCUACCAUGAGGAACAUAUAUAAAACUUUGGCCAGUCAGUAUGACCCUUUGGGGUUCAUUACCCCUUUCACUACAAGGGCCAAGGUUAUUAUCCAAGACCUCUGGAAGCACAACCUCGGUUGGGACGACCCCAUAGAACCAUUACCUUUGAGAGAGAAGUGGCUUACCUGGGUAGGAGAACUCCCAACUCUUGCAAAGCUUCAGUUCCCUCGAGCAUACACCCCAGUCUCAGCUGACCACCCUUCUGUCACCCGAGAGCUUCAUGUCUUUAGUGAUGCGUCGGAAAGGGCAUACGGUUCGGUGGCAUACUUACGCACCACAGACCAUCAAGGACAAGUUAUUCUUACCUUCGUCUUAGCCAGGUCUAGAGUGGCACCUCGAAAAUGCCUGUCUAUGCCUCGUUUGGAGCUGUGUGCUGCCCUUACCGGUGCACAGUUGGCGAAGGUGCUCCAAACAGAGUUGACCCUACCCAUCCAUAAGGUCACUUUCUGGUCUGACUCUACCACUGUGUUGUACUGGUUGACAUCCGAAUCUUGCCACUACAAAGUGUUUGUAGGAACGCGCGUCGCAGAGAUCCAGACUCUAACAGAGAUGGCUGAAUGGAGGUACGUGGAUUCGCGUAACAACCCUGCCGACCACAUUACACGGGGUCUUACACUUACCGACUUAGCAGGCCCACAUCAGUGGAGCUCCGGUCCAGCCUUCCUUGUUCAGCCGUCUGACCAAUGGCCAUCAAUGCCUAAAUGUGAAUGUGAACCUGACAGCAGUGAACUAAAGAAAUCUGUCUUUGUGGGAUCUGUUUCAGCACCUAAUAGUUCGCUUCCUUCAGAUCCAAGCCAAUUCCACACAUGGCAAGAGCUCGUUAAGGCCACAGUCAGAUCCCUGCAUGGGGCGGCUAGCACCAACACUGACUCUUCUAUGGAGGCUUCCGAAUAUAUUAAAGCGGAAAGGCUGCUUCUGUCACAAGCUCAAAUAGACUCCUUUCCUAUUGAGGUUAGAGCUUUGAAGGCUGGACAUCCUAUUCCACAUAACAGUCGCUUAGGCUCACUUGCCCCUGAAUAUGAUGAUGCCACUGGUCUUGUUAGAGUCGGUGGACGGCUACGACGUGCUAGCGAACUUGAUUUAGAGGCCAUACACCCAAUUGUGUUAGACCCUAGCCAUCAUAUCACUAAGUUGCUGAUAAAGGAGACAGAUCAACGACUCCUUCACCCUGGCUCAGAAAGGGUUCUAGCAGAACUGCGCCGACAGUAUUGGGUACUUCGAGGCCGAGAAGCAGUUCGUAAACACCAGCAUACUUGUCGAGACUGUCAGUUGUGGCGGGCCAAGCCUCAAACCCCACGUUUGGCGGAUCUACCCCCCUGCAGGUUAAAUCUGUACAAGCCACCUUUUUAUUCUACUGGUGUAGACUGCUUUGGUCCAUUCGCAGUCAAAAUUGGACGCCGCCAAGAGAAAAGGUGGGGGAUUAUCUACAAAUGUCUAACGACACGGUGUGUGCAUCUGGAUCUAUUGGAGCAUAUGGACAGUGAUGCUUUUCUGCUCUCUCUGCGGCGUUUCAUAGCCCGCCGUGGCAAGCCUAUGGAACUGUUGUGCGACAAUGGCACCAACUUCGUUGGAGGUGAUCGGGAGUUAAGGGAGUCCUUUGAGUCUAUGUCUGCAACACUACAGGAACAGCUAGCAGAGCAGAAAAUCCGAUUUCGCCAUAACCCACCGAUUGCUCCUCACUUUGGGGGUACCUGGGAGCGCGAGAUAAAAUCAGUUAAAGCAGCACUACGUGUGAUCCUCCGAGAGCAGUCCGUGCCGGAACCAGUACUUCAGACCCUACUGGUAGAAGUUGAAGGCAUCUUGAACUCCAAGCCACUCGGUUACGUAUCCUCGGAUAUUGCUGACGUAGACCCUGUGACUCCGAACUUACUACUUAUGGGUCGUCGAGAUGCGUCUCUACCUCAGGUUUUGUAUGACCCUAACAACCUGCUUGGAAGACGGAGAUGGCGUCAUAGCCAGGUGCUGGCUGAUUGUUUCUGGGCUGCCUUUAUUCGUCAAUACCUCCCAGGUAUGCAGGGACGUCCCAAGUGGAAGACAGAUGGCAUAGAACUGAAAGUAGGGCAAGUCGUACUUGUUGUCGACCCAUCGCUUCCACGUUCACUCUGGCCUGUAGGAACAGUUACAGAGACCUUACCUGGAGCUGAUGGUAGAAUCCGUAUUGCCAGGGUCAAUGUUAAGGACAAAGUUUAUACUCGCCCAGUUGUGCGAUUAAUCCCUCUGCCUCACCUUGAGGAAAAUGACAUGAGCUCCACCAACAGACUUUCUUAGAGUGUUCAAUUAUCUUGACAGAUAAUUGGGGGCGGCUGUGUCAGAAAGUCAAUGUACUAACUGGGAACUAAUGUUCUUUAGAUGUUUCCUAGAGGGAACGUUUUUCAGUGUUGCACACCGGUAAAGACGGCUGUCAAUCUUUAUAUAUGCUGCUGUUAAGGUUCUGUAAUGUGUACAUAUCAUACAAACCAUUACAUUACAUUACAUUGAUAUGAGCAGCAUACACAGAUGUUGGACCAUCAAUAAAUGUCUCAUUCUAAAGACUUUCCUCCUCUCCUGAUUCUCUAACCGGAAUCUGGUCCAUAUUUGGCCGCCUCAAUCAGCUGUUAUUAAAAUGUAGUGAGGUUU